AUGUCUACGUUGGGCGAUAUGCAGAAGCAGCUGUCCCACAUUGUGGAAGAGGCGAAAACUAAAGGCUACAAGAUCGAGGACGUCAUCCCAGAGAAUAUGCAGAAUCACUUCUCGGAGAUGACUGAGCUCAACGCAGCACGCCAAUAUAUUCAUGAGAUCCAGGCUCGUGAGCAAGAUCUUCAGAUCGAUAACAACGCCCUACGAGCCAAAAUCAAAGAGAAAGAAGCCGAGAUCAAUGACCAGCCAGCUGAAUUCAAGGCUCUCAAGGUUGAUCUCCAACAAGCGUACCGCCAGAUCGAUUACUACCGCGAUCUUUCUGAGGACUCCCAACGGCGUGCGCAACGCUACCAUCGCGAUCUUUCUCUUGCUGUCAAAGACCAGAUUGCCUUCAAUGAAGCUAUUGCCAAAAUUGAGCGUCUACAGAACGAGCUUGGCCAGCAUCAGUCCACGAUCCGGCAGCUACAAACAGAAAACGAACGCACGGCUGAGACAUUCGCUCACCUCCGCGCACAAGACGCAAGACUCAUAGCAGCAAAUGAAGCCCAAUUCGCUAAUAUUAUGUCACACACUUCUCAAAUCGAAAACGAAAACGAACUAUUCAACGAAACGUUUACCACGCUCAUUGACAAACUAGAGUUCGAGGUUUCAUCCGCAGCCACUUCUGUCAAUGACAAGGCUACCCUACUGCGUAAGAUGGAAAUACUGCACAACGCUAUUUUCAGUGAGGUAGCACCUCUGAAUCGCUUGUUCUCUCGUGCCCUCAAAGUGCUUCAAAUUUACCAAAUGCUUUUUCAAUCGCUCUCCGAUCCAUGCAACUCUGACAUAGCCAGUUUGCCGCUUGAACUGGAUCCGCUUAUUGAAGGUGCUAUGCAGGACCUGUACGUUUACAACGAGGUGCACAGAACCAUGUGCCAAGAUUCAGGGCUUGCUGGGGAGCACAUUCGUGUACAUCUGAACGGUAUCUCCAAGAGCGCGAACGAUAUGCUACAAAGCCUAAGUUCCAUCAAAGGGGAUAUGGCAAACUUUCUAGCGCGUUUAAAGAAAGAGCCAGGUACGUGGGCGGCUAUGAAGGCAAAGUUCGGUAUAUCUGGGAAGAAGAAGGUUAUAGGGAAAAGGUUUUCUGUUCACUGA